CUAUAUAGGAAUGUUUACGCGUUUUGGGAACCAUUGGUCUUUCUUAUCAGAUAUCGCUAGUGGAACAUGCGCAUGUUUUAAUAGAUAAUAGGUAUUAUCUAUAAGCAUUGGAACAUGCGUACUUAUAUUUUUAAUAUUUUCUGCCAAAAUACUUUUUUUUGAGUACAAUUAAUACUAUUUGAAUAAUAUAUUUUUUUUCAUUAAAAUACGAUUUUACGUAAUUUUUUUCAUCAGUUGUUUUUUUUGACAAAGCAUCAUGGUAACAAAAUAUGUUCGUACGCGUUCCCGUUUUGAACGUAAACAACGAGUUGUAAUGCUCUAUAACUAUACGCUAAACAACACGCCGAUUAUUGUUUUAUUAUAAGUUUUGUUUAACUUGAUUUAAUAUUAUUCAAUAAUAGUUCUUCUCCUUCGCCUUCAUCCCUUCCAUUUGGUUUAGAUACGAAUAAAAAUAAUUAUUAAUGCAUAGUUAAAUUACUAAAUAAAAUGUCAAAAGUAAAAUCGAAAAGAAAUAAAAACGUGAUUGCUGUCGACGGUUUUAUGUACAUCCAUGAUAAAUCCAAUACUGACAAAACGAAAAAGUAUUGGAGGUGUCGUCGCAAAGAUCUCAAUUGUCCAGCUCGGAUACAUACUGGUUAUGAUGAUUUCACCGUUUUAAAAAAAUCCACUAAAAAUCAUUGUCACAAUUCUGAAAUGGCUCGAAUAGAGGUGGAUGCAGCCUUAACGGAAUUGCGUGAACGAGCCAUUUCAAGUAAUGAGCCCAUGUCAUCUUUAAUUAAUGAAUGUGUUAACAGUUUAUCAGAUGCAGCCAAGGUAGGAAUCAAAUUUAUUAUUUGUAUCAUAUGUAAUACAAAUUAUAUUAUAUUAAACUAUCUAUUUUAAUUUAUAAUAGAGCGUCCUAAAAUCAUCCACAGCUUUGAAAAAACAAGUUCGACGCAUAAGAAAUAACGAAAAAGUAGUAUCUCAGCAAGAUCCAAUGGAACUAGUAUCUUUACAGAUUCCAGAUAACUCUGAUGAAGAUAACCAUGAAAAUUAUUCGUCUUUUAGAGAUAAAGAAAAAUUUUUAAGAGGUAUAGAAAAUAAUGUCUCUUUGAAUUGCGAAGUAUUUUAUAACCAUAUUAUAUGACUACACUUUUUAUCUAUUAGUAAAAGUAGUACCUUCUAAUUGCAUUUUAGCAUAUUAAAUUAACAAAUGAUUUUAGUUUUGUUUUUAAAUUUUAAUUUAUAUUACUGGGAUAAAUAUAAUACAGGUCUGGGGGUCAUUUGGGAAGGGAAGUUGGUGUACAAAUUAUAGGAAGUCUCAAAAUUCUUAAGGCAUUCUUAAUAAUUUAUAAGAAGUCAUUCUGAUUUAAUUUUUUUAAAUAAAUAAAAUUUAUACCUCAAAAGAAAUUAUGUUUUUCUUAGCUUAAUAAUUUGAUAUUUUUUACACACUUACAGUCUUUUAUGUAAGUAGGUACUAGUCACUAUAGGUAUCCAUUAUAAUUUAAUAUUUGUUUGUGCCCAUAUAACUUAAUAAAUAAAUAUUAUUAUUAUUAAUAAUGGGCAGAGCCCAGAGUACAGAAUGAAAGAAAAAAAAAAAUACAAAUAAUAAAAUAUUUUAAUAUUAAUUUUAAUUAGGUAGCAGUGAUUGAAUUCUAUAUUAAGAAUGGUUGGAGUAUUGGCUAGACGCAUUAAAUGGUCAAGAUGAUGAUUAAGGUAAUAAUUUGUAGUACUUUUGUAUACUACAUAGGGAGUGAGGGAACAAGUGGAGCGCUGAGGACCACGGAAAUUAAUACAGGAGAGGAGGAAAGAUGCAUCAAAUGAGCUAUUUAUAAGCUUAACCAAGAAACAUAGUUUAGCAUCAGUACGUAUAUCGACUAGGUUAGACUACCCAAACUCUUGGAGAACAGUGGAGUUGUAAUGUAUUACAGAGUAUUUAUAGCGAAAUUAACAAAAGGCCAGAAAGCCAUUAAUUAAGCCUUAUUAUUAAAUAUGAUUUAAUACUUUUAUUUGAUAAUAGUUAAACAUUUUUACUUGUGCACCACUCAUAACCUAAACAAUCAAACUUUAAACUACUACUAUUAUUCAUGUGUUUACUGUAAUAGCACUGUCUAUUUACCAAUUAUAUAUCUCUGUUUCAACACUUGAUUUUCGGUACUUAUUUCUAUGAAUUUUAUAGAAUGUCUUAAAUAUAUUAAUUUUAUAAUUUUUAGUGCGUUUUGUAAUUUUUUUUAAAGUCUGGGGAAUUUUUGAUAAAAAAUGUUUACUUUGUAGUAUCAAUUAUAUGAAAGUUUUACACCUAAGUAAUAGGUAUAUAUUGCAGAUUUUUAAUACACAAAACAUUUAGGAAUUUAAUUAAAUCCAGAACUAAAUAACUAAAAUUAAAACUAAUUUUUUUUUUUCACAGUGCACAAUCUUGCAUCAAAAUGGACAAGUUCCAAAGACAAUAUGUGUAUUCUACCGACUACGAGCAGUAUAAAAUCUGAUUUGAUACAUGAAAUUGUUGAAAAAACACAAUUGUCUGAUGAUGUGAUUUUAAAUGAUAAAAUUAAAAUUGAAAACGAUAUAGAAAACACAUUGGUUCCUCCACCUAAUCAAAUUAAAAAGGAAACUAACUUGGAAACAAAAAUUGAUUUAUUAUUGGACUCAAUAAAACAAAGCUGUACUGAACAAAUACAAAGAAUAAAUAGAGAUACUGAUGAUGAAGACCUUAACUUUUAUAAAUCAACAUUACCUAUGGUUAAAACAUUAAACAGAGAUCAAAAAAUUAAAUUCCGAGUUGCAAUCCUGAAGCUUUUACAAAGUACUUCUACUAAAGAUAACCAAUAAUUCAUCUAAACCGCAGAUAGGUUAUAAGGAUAAUAAACAUUAAAAUAUUUUAUAACUCUAUUUUUGUUAAAAUGCUAAGGAAUGUAAAAUAUAUUUAUUAUAUUUGUAUUAUUUGUAAGUAAGCAAUGUAAAUUAAUUAUUUAUUAAGCAUAUCUUUACAGUAGGUAACACUUAACAUUUCUUUUGAAGUAUUGCUACUGUAAUAGUUCUCAUUUUCUCAUCUCGAUACAUUAUUUUCACAAAAAAUUCCAUAUUGGAGUGAAUUAGUUACCCCAUAUGGUGACAUAACUAUACUUAUAUACUGCAAUAUUAUAUUUUCAUUUAAACAUUGUAUUUUUUAAAAAAAUUUUAAUAUCCUACUUUAAAAAAAAAGUAAAAUUAUCAAGUAGGUAUAUAUAAUAAAAACAAUUUCAAGUAGGUAACUUAGUUUUUUUGACUUACAAAAAACUAGGAUAAUAAAUCAUCAUUCAUCAUAUUUACAGAAAAAAUUAAUUAAAUUAAAACAAAUAUUGUACACAAAUAAUUAUUUAAAUAAUAAACAAAUUAAUUAAAUAAUCUAUGCACUGAAGCAGACUUAAAUUUAACGUUAAAAGAAAUAUAAUAACAUAGUGCCAAUCUUUAAUUUAAUGCCAUCUUUGAUAGAAAACAAAUCUGAACAGCUGAUAAGAUUUCUGUAUCUUUGAGAUCAAAGGGCUUAUUUUCUAAGUAUUAAAAAAGUUUUCAAAUUCUAGAUUGUAGUACUUUUUACAAGCUAAUGUAUAUUAGAAAGAGUGUUCAAUCAACCGUAUUUGAGUCUCAAGAGAGUUAUCUUAGUGCCACUGAAUCAAAUUUAAAACAGGCAAUUGUUUGUAUUAACACUAUUUAUAUUUUGGAAGCUAAACAAAUAACAAAUAAUUGUAUAGCACUUCCAAAAUUGCAUUUCUAGUUUUGCUAUGAAAAUGAGUACCUAUAUGUCUUAUAUUAUCAUAUUUCAUGCACAUAAGAACUGAUAUAUAUUAUACAAAUAUAAUAAUUUAUUACAUUUAAUAUUCUUAGAAUAGUCUCGAAUAAAUCUCGCUUAUAAAUGUACUUAUAAUUUCAAAAUACAUUUUUAUUAAACUAUCAGUACAAAAUAUACAAUAUAAACUAAUUACUAAUAGACACAUUAUAAGAUUACAUAUUAUAGGCAGACAAUUAAUUUUUCAAACGGCCUGCUCUAGCAUCUGUUAUGACACCCCAGAGUUCAAUAAUAAAAUCAUCUGUGAAUCCUAAUUCAUCUAAAUCAGAAUUGUCGACAGCUUCGGCAAAAUCCAUGCUAUUCAGUUUAUCUUCUCCUUUCUCCCAGAUCUGUGUGGCUGCAUGAAUAAAAAAAAACAGUAGGUACAAUAAGUUACUGAUUUACUUGUUAAAAAAAUAACAAUAUUAAUAAUAAAAAUAAAAAUACCAAGCUCGACGUCACUGAUACCCAACAAGUUUUCAAGUAGUUGAUUGAUUUUGGCAAUACCUUUCUGUGACUCAUCGUUCUAAUAAAUUGUUUUAAAUAU